CACAUAAUUUAUUUUAGAGUAGAUUUUUAUAAAAGCUAGUUAUCCAGAAUGGUGUUACUGCGGCUGGGUCAUCUUCCAUGGCAUUUUUUGUGGUUGUUUUUUUUUUGUUUAGGACAUUUGAAAACGAUAGGGACGGAUUCCUCUUUAGUGACACUACCACAUUUUGUAAUGUGGCUAGUAAAUUGUGCUCUUUGCCUUCAAAAUAAACAUGUGCCUAAUGGCGCAACCAGAGCUUUUCUUCUUUUUCAUCCUUUUCAGCAUGAUAUAAGCAUUGAAUGCUGCUAUUAUAGUAUUCACUUUCUGGGUGUGUUUGUGAAUAAGAUUAGAAAAUCUUUCUUAAUUAGCGUGUCUUGGGUUUUCUAAUGAUGGACAGUAGCAACUUGGCAAAACCUUUUACUGAACUGUAAGUAACUUUGUGCUUUAGCUUGCACACUGCCGACGCUCGUUCAAGAACAAGGUAAUAGUAGAGUUUGCUAUGGCCUUCUUCAUUUCCUUCAGUAUACAAUGAUAAAACUUAACACA